CCCGCACCCCCCUGAAGAACGCGAGGCACAUCACCUCAACCUUGUCCUCGACAGCAUGGAGGGCUUCUCGCUUGCUUUCUCCUUCCUCGUUGCCGGCUGUCUAUUCUAUGGCUUAUAUCUCCGCAGCACCGCCAGACGUCUUCCUCUCCCGCCAGGCCCAAAGACCUCAUGGUUCGGCUCGGUAGAGCUGCCCAAGACGUACCCUUGGAAGACCUACGCCGAAUGGAGACAGAACUAUGGCAACCUGAUCUACAUCUACAUCUUUGGCAAUCCAAUCCUGAUCCUCAACUCGGCCAAAGUAGCAAGUGAUCUGCUCGAUAAACGCAGCAGUAUCUAUUCGUCCAGGCCCCAGAGGACCAUGGUUACUAAAUUAAUGGGCUGGGAUUGGCUGUUCUCGACGCUGCCAUAUGGUACAUGGUGGAGAAGACAUAGAACUCUAUUUCAUCAGUACCUUAACGUGAACACUACCUCCGACUAUCAUCCUAUCCAACUGAAGGAGACAUUUGUAAUGCUACGCAAUCUGAUUGAGACGCCGGAGAAUAUGCCGCAUCAUAUUCGAAGGACUGCCGCGGCGAUCGUGAUGCAGAUGAUGUACGGUCACCAGGUUGCGCGGGAAGGAGAUUCCUAUGUGACGUUAGCUGACAAGGCCCUCGCUACGCUGGGCCACAGCGGUAUCUUCGGAACGUACCUAGUAGAUUAUAUACCCAUGCUCAGACAUGUCCCGACAUGGAUGCCGGGAGCUGGCUUCAAGCGAAGGGCCUUCGAGUGGCGGAAGCUGAACCAGGCCAUGCUCAAUGUACCGUUCGAACAAGUUAAGGAAAAUGUUGCGCGGGGCACGGCUGUUCCGUGCAUCGUUGCAACAGAGCUGGAGCAAUGGUUUCAGUCUGGGCAAGACCCCGAGCAUGAAACAUUAGUGAAGGAUGUCGCUGCAACCACGUAUGCUGCUGGCUCAGAUACAACAGUUUCUGCAAUCUUGUCGUUCUUCUUGGCUGCAACUGUGUAUCCAGAUUUUUACAAGAAUGCGCAGGCAGAGAUCGACCGCGUGAUAGGCACGCAAAGGUUACCGAACUUUGGCGACAGACACUCGUUGCCUUAUGUGGACUGGAUCGUCUGGGAAUGCCUACGAUGGAACCCCGUCACGCCGUUAGGCAUUGCACACAGCAUAACCGAAAACGACGUGUAUGAAGGAUACUUGAUUCCCGAGGGCACCACUGUGCUGCCCAACGUUUGGGCCAUCUUGCAUGACGAAACGAUAUAUCCUGAUCCGUUCGCGUUCAGACCGGAGCGUUAUGCAGACGCAGAAAAGAAUGCGGCACUGGGCAUCAACGAGCCGCCGUUCGCUGCGUUUGGAUUUGGACGCCGGAGUUGUCCAGGGCAGUGGCUGGCGGUCGAUUCCAUGUGGAUCGCGGUCGCUACUAUCGCGGCAGCAUUAGACAUCACCAAGGCGCUCGACGAAAGCGGUAAACCGAUAGAGCCUGACGUGCGCUAUGAUUCUUCUAUGUUGAGCCGUCCGGAACCCUUCCAGUGUCGCAUUAUGCCCCGCUCCGCCGAGGCUGCCGCGCUCGUCGAGCAAGCCGCGGACGAGCUUUGACUGCAGCAUGAUACCUCUGCUUCACUCUCACAACCUUAUGACACUAUGAAGUGCGGUCGCUGCUGAUUCUGUUCUCACUAUGCACAACACGCUUCUCUACCUCACGAUCUCACGCCGUGCUAGGCACGCCUUGUAGAAUCUAGUAUAGACGAUGUCGAAGUUUACAUGAAAUCUAAAAUAAAUUUAAAAAAAAACAAUUCGCAUAC